CGUAUAAAGGCGAUUCCACAAAGCCUCCUGUACUACACACCUGUCCAGGUGAGAGAUCUGCGCGACGUUCCUUCUGUUAUCUAACCAAGACUCUUCGUUACAGUAUGCCUUUCGUGAAAUCCGCGGCCCGUAAUUUCUCCAGCUUGAGUGCUUCAGGCGCGCCGGGUCGGCUGGGGAGUCGGCACAGCUCUGGCAGCCUGCUCGAGGGCCCCGGGGGAUACGGCUCCCGCAUCUCCAUGUCCAAUUUCCAGGGUGUUUCAAGCGCGCCGCGCCCGUUCGCCCAGCAGAACAGUGCGGAUAUGAUCAGGGCGGACGACAAAGAAACGAUGAAAGGCCUGAACUGCCGCUUGGACAAAUAUCUGUCCCGAGUGCGGACGCUGGAGGAGUCCAAUAGACAGCUGGAAGACAAAAUCAAGGAGGAGCUGUUGAAAAAGGGAGCUGAGGGUGGGCGAGACUGGAGCGUCUACGAUGAGCCCUUAGCUAAACUUAGGGCACAGAUCCGAGACAUGACCAUGGAAAACGCUACACUGCUGCUGCAGAUUGACAACGCCAGGCUGGCCGCCGACGACUUUAAAGUCAAGUUAGAAGCGGAGCUCGCGCUGAGGCAGGGCGUGGAGCAGGACAUUGCCGGCUUGCGUAAGAUCAUUGGUGACACCAACGCGACCCGCGUGCAGCUCGAGAACCAGAUCGAUGCGACUCAAGAGGAGCUGGCCUACCUCAAAAAGAACCACGAGGAAGACUUGGCCGACAUACGCAGCCAGAUAAACAGCGCCAACGUCUCCGUCGAAAUGAACUCUCCUAAAGGGCAAGACAUGAACGAGAUUAUCUCCAAGAUCCGUGAUCAGUAUGAGAAGGCGGCCCAGAAGAACCGUGACGACACGGAUGCCUGGUACCAGAGCAAGUUUGACAAGCUGACGGCGGAGGUGUCGGAGAACACAGAGGCUCUUCAGGAGGAGAAGAACGAGCUGAGCAGCCUGAGGAGGGAGAAACAGUCCUGCGAGGUGGAGCUGCAGGCCCUGCACAACAUGAACCACACCCUGGAGGACACGCUGGCCGACACGCAGAACCGCUACGCCCAGCAGAUGGGCCAGGACAACCAGAAGCUGCAGCUGCUGGAGGCUCAGCUGGGGGACCUGCGGAGCCGGGCGGAGAGGCAGGGAGCCGAGUACCAGGCCCUGCUCAACCUCAAGAGCAAGCUGGAGGAGGAGAUCGCCACCUAUCACCAGCUCCUGGAGGGGGGCCACCAGGGAAGCCAGGGUGACCGAGUGGAGUUUUCUUUAGAUCAGGCCCUGCAGGCGGCUCCGCCCCCACAAACGCAUAAGAAGGUGAUCAUCAUCAACCAGGAGGUGGUGGACGGGGAGGUGGUGUCGGAGCAGGAGACGGAGGUGCCCACCCCGAACGGGGAGGCGGAGGAGGAGGAGGAGGAGGAGGAGGAGGGCACUCAGAGCCCCCCCGAACAGGAAGUGACCUCGGACUGAAGAACGAGCCGUCUGCCCGCCGCGCUGGACCAUCCAGGACCCCCCUCCCUGUGUGUGCCUCAUCUGCUGCGAAGUUAGCAGAGCCUUCGCUCAGUAAUAAAACAGUGAUUCACACCCCA